UCUCUCUCUCUCUCCCACACGCAAACAUCAUCCUCAUCACACCCUUACCUCUCGCACUAUCGCAUUCACAGCCUCUCCUCUCAUCUCCCUCUCUCUUUUCUUCUUCUUCAGAAACAAGAAUGAACAAGGGAAGAGAAAAAGAAGAAGCCAUAGCAAAUGGAGUGAAGUUGAGGGCACUUCAAGCUGGUCAUAUCCAGAAGUCAAGCCCUUCGUCUACUUACAAUAUCAGAAACCCUUCUUCAUCUUCUCCAGCUUCUCGUCCUCUCCCUAACCUCUCUGCUCAUGACUAUCCUGUUUUCACUCCUAGCUAUGAAGAUGAGCCUGUGUCAGCAUUUCAUCACAAGAAUCUCACAUUAUCUGAAACUUGGGAUGAAUCUGGUGUUGGUUUAGUGGAAGGAGAUGAAGAACAAGACAUGAGACACACUUAUCACUCUGAUUCUUACAAAACUUCAACUUCAAGAAAGACUUUAACCCCUCAGCAAGACUCCCAUCAUCAUGUUUACACCAUGUCUGACGCUCUUAGAUCCCCACCACCGUUACAUUUUUACACAACCGGUAGAAGUAACUGUGGUGGCUCGGUUGAUUUUAGAUCUGUCUCUUCUUGCAAUGACUACAAACAAAGAGGCUUUGAUACUAAGAGCUUGAAGAGCUCUAAUCUUGUUGUUCCCUUGACGGAUUCUCAUUCCGUUGUUGUUGCUUCUCAGACAAGGAACCGUGGAGGUAGAGUGAUGUCUUGGUUGUUCCCCAAGAGGAAGCAAAAGAGUAAUUCAAUCUUUAAUUCUCCUAGUAGAACAGAGAGAUCAGAAGAGGUUUCCGAACCUUCUGGUGUUGAGAAGCUGAAGAGAGAGUUGAUGGAAGCAAACAGAAGCAGAGACGCUGCGUUAACACAAGUUGAAGAGAUGAAAUCUUCUUUGGGAGAGUUCAGUGAGAAGCUUCAGUACUUGGAAAGUUACUGUGACAGUUUAAAGAAAGCUUUAAGACAAGCAACAGAAGUAGUUACACAAGAAAAUAGUAACGUUACAAGAAGCUCAAAGAAGAAGAACUCAGAGAUGCCAGUUAGUGAAGAGGUGAUGGUUGAAGGGUUUUUACAGAUUGUGUCCGAAUCAAGAUUAUCGAUAAAGCAGUUCUUGAAAACAUUAGUUCAAGAGAUAGACGAAGAAGACUCAGCUCUAAUGAGUAACAUCAACACUCUUCUUCAACCAUACAACUUAUCAUUCACCUCAAAGUACUCUAAGAUCAUUCAAUACCACUUAGAAGCAAUCAUAAGCCAAUCUAUAUACCAAGACUUCGAGAACUGUGUCUUCCAGAAGAGCGGUACACCGAAACUACUCGAUCCAGAACAAGAACGUCAAGCUAAAUUCUCAUCGUUCGCUUCUUUAAGAAACUUGAGCUGGAACGAGGUGUUGAAAAAGGGUACAAAGUAUUACAGCGAGGAGUUCAGUAGAUUCUGCGAUGAGAAGAUGAGUUUGAUCAUUACAACGUUGAAAUGGACAAGGCCUUGGUCUGAACAAAUGCUUCAAGCGUUCUUUGUAGCUGCGAAAUGUGUGUGGUUGCUUCAUUUGCUUGCCUUCUCGUUUAAUCCAGCGUUAGGGAUCUUGAGGGUUGAGGAGAACAGAGUGUUUGAAUCGAGUUAUAUGGAAGAUAUGGGUGGAGGAGAUCGAGAUAGGAUGCAGAGAUCAUCAACGUCACGUGGACAAGGGAGGGUUAAGGUUAUGGUGAUGCCUGGUUUUUAUAUUCAAGAUAGGGUUUUGAGAUGUAAGGUUCUUUGCAGGUACAAGUCAUUAGGCUAAAGAGAGUCUUACAUACUCUCUAGAUUUAAUAUAAAAAGUCUUUUUUGUAAGUUUACUUCUUGUUUAUCUCUUGCGUUACUUCAUAAUCUUUAGGAGUCUCAUGACUCUCAUCUUUCAGAAGUUUAGUUAUGAAAACAAACAGGUCAAGAAGAAACUCUGGGAGAAAUUACGUAAUGCGC